CUGGACUCUAGAACUUUACCACGAUCUUAGAACUUUUAUCUAGACCUGAAUAUUGACUGUAAAUCAAAAAUGAAUUUGACCUAGAUCUCAGACCAGCUAUUAGACCUGGACCUUGUGUCUGGACAAGAUCCAGAGUGGAAAUAUACCUAGGAAUACAACCUUGGGGAUGGUGUUUGUCCUUAGGUAGAUAUGGACUUUGGACCGGCCUUUGGAACCAGGACCUAGACUUCACUUUGGUCAUAGAUGCUGACUGUGGACCUCUAAUCUGGAAAUGGAUUUUGGAUGGAGAACUUGGACCUGCAUAUUCUAGUUUCUUGAACACAAUCUUCAGUUGGAAUUUAAAGUUUUUUGAAUUGGUCACAGACAUGAUGCGGCCUCACAUGGACCUCCCCAGCAUGUCCUGGAUGCUGUUCUCCUGCCUGAUGUUGCUGUCUCAGGUCCAAGGUGAAGACUCGCCAAAGGAAGUGCCCACUCCACGGAUCACGUGUCCCAAAGGCUCCAAGGCCUAUGCCUCCCACUGCUAUGCCUUGUUUAUGACACCAAAAUCCUGGAUGAAUGCAGAUAUGGCCUGCCAGAAGAGACCCUCGGGACACCUUGUGUCUGUGCUCAGUGGGGCUGAGGCAUCCUUUGUGGCCUCCCUAGUACAGAACAGUGCGAACACUUACUCAAACAUCUGGAUGGGGCUCCAUGAUCCCACAGAGGGCUAUGAGCCCAAUGCAGGUGGAUGGGAGUGGAGUAGCACGGAUGUACUGAAUUACCUUGCCUGGGAGAGACACCCCUCCACUAACCCAAACCCCGGCUACUGUGGGAGUCUGUCAGCAAGCACAGGAUAUCUGAAAUGGAGAGAUUAUAACUGCGGUGCGAUGCUACCUUAUAUCUGCAAGUUCAAGGACUAGGUCUGGUGGGACGUCAGGAACCUGAGUUUGCAGGCAGCUCAUCAUGGACACAGAACCAAGUAUGACAACCCACCCUGGAAGGGGACAGCCUCCCAUGCCUUCAAACUUGACCACCUCAUUUGACCUUCCUUUCUCUUCAGCCUCAUUUCAAACUCUUCUAUAACUUGAGUUUCAACAGGGAGAAUAAAAAAAUAAGAAAUUUGGUCUGCAA